UGAAAAAAAAGAUGAUGAGAAUUGACGUUUCUGGUAUUAUCUUGAUCGAACUGGAAUUCACUGACAGUAUCUCCUGCAUGGUGAACUUACUUGAAUCUCCAAUAAAGCGAACAAUGAACUACGUUAUUACCGCUAUUGCGAGAGGAACCGAGUUUUCUGCCGCUGACAACGCCGCUAUUUCGGAAGUGCUAAAGAAACUUCCAAUCAAAUUGGGAUCGUUCUCAGUUUUAUCCCAAUCCAAGGCUACGGACUUCAUCUUUGACAUCGAUUUAACCAAGGUGGACCAUAGCGGGAAGCCAGACGAAUCGACUCUAAAAGAUGUUGAGAGUUCAAUCAGGAAAAACCUAAAGACCGCUGAAUAUUCAGUUCCUAAUGUCGACUUGAUAUUUCAAAAAAACGACCAACACAGAAAGGACAAGAAGUUAAUUGUUUUUGAUAUGGACUCCACGCUUAUCAUGCAAGAAGUCAUCGAACUUAUUGCUGCUCAAGCUGGUGUCGAGGAGCAAGUUGCCGACAUUACCACCCGUUCCAUGAAUGGCGAGCUUGAUUUCAGGCAGUCCCUUGCAUCUCGCGUCGCACUUCUCCGUGGAAUUAAGUCAAGUACUUUGUGGCAAGACCUCAAACCACAACUUACACUUACUCCGGGAACCAAGGAAUUAUGCAAAGUUAUGAAAAACGCCGGAUGUAAGCUUGCUGUGUGCUCUGGUGGGUUCUUGCCAUUGGCAGAAUACGUGAAGGAGCAACUUGGAUUGGACUACGCUUUUGCCAACCUCCUAGAAACAGAAAAAGACCAAGAAAAUACUGAGAUCCUCAGUGGCAAAACAUUGGGUGAAAUUGUGGACGGAGCAAGGAAAAGAGAUCUUCUUGUACAACUUGCAGAGGAAAAUGGUAUUCCAUUGGAAAAGACUGUAGCUGUUGGAGAUGGUGCCAAUGAUCUUUUAAUGAUGCAUAGGGCUGGAUAUGGUAUAGCGUGGAACGCUAAACCUAAAGUCCAACUUGAGGCACCAUGUUGCCUCAACUCUGGCUCCCUGAAAGACGCAUUAUACAUCUUUGGUUACAACGAUCUUGAAAUAGAGCCUCUUGUAUAGAGAAUAUAGAAUGUACUGUAUUUACUGCUAAACUAUUAUUAGAAAAGGUUUUCAAUCUGAACAUCUAGAACACCUAGAAAAUGCAAAUAAAAGAUGAGCCUCGCCUGGUAAUAAAUUCCAUUUUUCAUUCCGCC